GCCAAGUGCACCUCGGAGGGCCUGCGGCCCCUGCCAGCCCCCCGCGGGCUCCCGCACAACCAGCCCGCAGCCCUGCCGCCGCGAGGUGUCAGGGGGCCGCAGCCCCCCGCGGCCCCACCGGCCUCCCCGGAGGAGACGGCCUUCCUGGCCGUGCUCAUUACAAGCGGCCCCAAGUACAGCGAGCGUCGCAGCAUCAUCCGCAGCACGUGGCUCUCGGCCGCCGGGCGCCCACCCCACGAUGACAUCUGGAGCCGCUUUGUGAUCGGCACAGGCGGGCUGGGGGCGGAGGAGCUGCGGAGCCUGGAGCUGGAGCAGAGCCGGCACAGAGACCUCCUCCUUCUGCCAGAGCUGCGGGAUUCCUACGAGAACCUAACUGCUAAAGUCCUGGCCACGUACGUCUGGCUGGAUCUGCACCUGGACUUCCAGUUUGCCCUGAAGGCCGAUGACGAUACCUUCGUACGCUUGGAUGUGCUGGUGGAAGAGCUGAGAGCCAAGGAGCCACGUCGCCUCUACUGGGGCUUCUUUUCUGGCCGCGGUCGAGUGAAAUCUGGUGGCAAAUGGAAAGAGAGCGCCUGGGUGCUCUGUGACUACUAUCUACCAUAUGCCCUGGGUGGUGGUUACGUGAUUUCUGCAGAUCUGGUGCGCUAUUUGCGUCUUAGCAGAGACUACCUGAACAUGUGGCAGAGUGAAGAUGUCUCCCUGGGGGUGUGGCUGGCUCCCAUCGAUGUGAAGAGAGUUCACGACCCGCGUUUUGACACUGAGUAUAAGUCGCGAGGUUGCAACAAUAAGUACAUAGUAACUCAUAAGCAAAGCAUCGAGGACAUGCUGGAAAAGCACCAGACCCUGGCUAAAGAAGGGAAGCUCUGUAAGGAGGAGGUUAAGCUCAGGCUUUCCUACAUGUAUGACUGGGGAGUACCUCCUUCACAGUGUUGCCAAAGGAAGGAUGGCAUCCCAUGAAAGUCUGAGGAAAGAAAAGGCAGAAUGUUGAUGGACUCUCUCAGCUCGGCUUCUGUUACGUGGGGAGAGUCCCAGUAACUAGGGCUUAAAAGUUACUCAGAAGAUUUUGCACGAUUCAUUGUCACGAUCAAUGAAACCCCCGAAACUCCUAAGAGCUACUGAUGUGGCAUGAUGUAGAGAUGUUUGGAAAAAAAAAGGAAAAAAAAGAAAUAAGAUGAGAAAAAGCAUGGAAAGGCUCAUUAUGACGGGAUUGAAGGCAAAUAAUAGGUUGCAAGAUAUGGAUAGUACAGAAAAUUUGGGGGAGAUAACCUGAAUGAAAAGUUGCUGGAAGAUUUUUAACAGAUUCUAAGAUUUAUUUGCUAAAGAUCGUGACAGGCCUUUAUGCUAUCUAUGAGAUUGUGAAACUAGCAUCUGCUGUUUAUUUCUUGGCAAGGAAGAAGUGUCAGUUUGGCAAGGUUUGAAGAUUCUAAUGGGGCCACAAAUCAGCUGCUAUUGCCAGUGGAAACUGGUGGCUGGUUAUUGACACAAGCAGUCAAGUAAAGGGAACAAUUUCACCUAGGAUGUUUGUGUUAGGGGAGGGAGAGAGUCUGUUCUUUGACAAGUGCUCUGAUUUACAAGAAUGGAAUUAUUGGACCUUCUGUGUAACUUGUCUCUAAGCUUUUUGUUGCUUUAAAGACAUCGUGUACAUAAAUUAUCUGGCAGCUACAGAGUAAGUCUAUAUUUAGAAAGCUGGAUGAGUUAUGGUAUUUGGCAGAUAUAGAUGACGUUAUCUUAUUUUGGGGGCAAAUAGUUAUGCUACAAAGCUACCCUUCAGUUAUUGGGUGUUAUUCUUAGUUUAUCCUCCAAACACACUGUGUAUGAAGAAACAUUUCCUCUCCGUACAGUAAGUAAUCUCACUGACUACUACAAGGUCAGACAUAGUAGGCUUCAGAUUUACAUUGUUCUGGAUUACUUAAGUAAAGUGUAAAUUAGCAGGAUUAGGUCAGUGGAAGCUAUUCCGAGUUAAAGCAAGAUUGCCCUAAUGCGGGUACCUCAGCGAAGAAAGUAAACUCUGCAUGUAAAGAAAAACAGGUUCCUCCACCCCCGAGAUUCCUGUUUGAGGAGAACCUCGUCUCUCUUUUUGGGAGAUACAUCGCAGUCAAAGGAGACUAAUCCCCCAACAGUCACAUCUAGAUGCCCGAAGAUAGACUGUGUGAAUUCUCUCCUCUCCAAUAGCACCUUUUAGUGAAACUAAAAGUAAUUUUACAGGAGGUCUAAGAUAAUAGCUCAAGUGAUACGGCAGUAAAUGGGAUUAUGUCCCUUAGUCCUGUCUCCAAAUAAUUCUAGCACUGACAGAGCUUGUCAGCAUCAGAUGCAGCAUUGAACAGUAAACACAGACACAACAUUCUUGGCUGUAGAACAGAUAACUUAGAAAAUUUCAACAUGUUAUUUAUCUUCACACCUUUCAGUAAGCCUGUAAUUCAAACAUUGUUGAAUGGCAGGUGCUCUAACACACAGAAAAAAAAUUUUUUCCAGUCAGAGCUACUGACUUCCAGUAAACUUUGUCAGCUACAGAUCUUUCAGUAUAAGCAGAGUUUUUACGUUUAUGCCUGAAGGGCAUUCUUACUUACCAAUAAUAAUAUUUACUGUUUGUUGCACACUGCACUUUCAUACAAUUUUAUUUCCUUCACUCCUUAGGUCAGUGUCUGUUCCCACCUGCAGGAAGUGACAAAUUGCAAAGAAAAAAAAAAAAAAGGUGCCAAUAUAUCUCUAUAUUUUUCUUCUGAAAUUAGCAAGUUAACAAUUCAUACCAAAGGAAUCGAGUAUGGGUUUUUUUGUUACUCUUGUUUUGAUUAAGUUACUGAGGAUUAAGAAAAGUCUUCUGCAGAGGAUGAUAAUUCUCUAUUUUGGAAAUUCAAAGAAAUUUUUGGCUUGUAAAACCAAGUUAAGAUAGUGAAAACAAGUUAUUUUAGCAUGUGUCCAUUCUACUGCAUGCUUAUGUAUUGACAGGCAGAUGUGCUUUUCAGCAAGGUAUACUAUCCUAAAACAAGACUUCAACAAGAUUACAGGAAAUUUAAAUUGGUUUAAGCAUUCUUUAAAAAAUGCCUAUUUGCCAUUUGGGGUUCACUAGUAUUGUGUGUAUAUAUGUGAUUAAAUGCUUGUAAUGUGAGUAUUUAUUUAUAAUUAUUGAAAACGUGUUAUGUAUAGGAAAAAAUAAGAUAGUUAAAUGUCAUUUUAAAUUUAAGGAGGUACUGUAACGUCCAUGAGAAUUACAUAUCAAACAGUGCUUGAGUUUGUCGGUGUACAAGCCAUUAUUUAAAGUACUGGGAUCCAAACUGCAGAUCAAAAGUCUGCUGCAUGUCUCAAGCUAGUAAGAAUGUACUGUUUAUCCACUGCUAUCAAUAACUGUGUCCACGGAGGCUGUUCACGUUGGUGACUUUGACUAUCCCUACCCACAACUCCCAUCCCCAGGUCCCCAAAAAAAAGUGUUUUUCAUUGCAAAAUUAAUGGCAGAGAAAUGCUGGAUCUGCCGAGCGCGCUGCCCGCACGCUUGCAGGGUGAAGCUCGGGAAUGCUGGUGACCACUCUUACACACUCGAUACCUGGAUCGUGGUCUGACACAGCUUCCUUGUACCCUUUUCUGUUUAAGCUUACCCAUGUUUUGCUCUAGUUGCGAAUUAACAAGGAAGGUUUGACUGAUUUCUCGUCCUUUGGUAAGUGGUUUUAGUUUUCUUAGUGGGCAUUGACUUACUGCAAAUACAGAACUUAGAUUUCAAUCCCAAUCAACGGGAAAAUGGCACAAAAGAUUAAGUUUUUAGACUUUUUGGUAUUUUAAAAGCAAACUGAAUCAUUUAGGAGAUAGCAGACAUCCUACAUGUGUGGAAAACCCAAGAAAAACAUUAACUAGCGCAGGAUUAUUAAUAUUUUACUACAAAGAAUUUGCAUGUGAAAGACAAUGCUAUUUUGAGUAAUCAAGAAACAUCUGUGUAUGGCAUGAGUGAGUCACUAAAAAAGUUUGUCUGAAAUUGAGCCCAUUUUUUUUAAAGCAAAGUAUAAAGCACAUUUUUGAGUGACAUAAGAAUUGAAUAUUUUAGAAGUGGUAACGAAAGGCUGUCUUUCAUACCUUCUCAGGACUAGGUUCCAUUUUUCCUGACACCAUCUCAGAAGUCUCGGAUAUGAUGUUUUUUAUACUUGAAAACCAUAAUAUAAUCUUUGUCCCUCUCCAGGGUCGGGGGAAGACUCUGACUUCAGUGGGUCCAGCAUUUGGGAGAAUGUCUCUGUGCUGCUGAGAAAUAAGCAUGUUUUGGUCUUUAUAUUAAGAGUACAAAGUUUUGUUGUGGGCCUUAGUGAAAACAAAAUCAUCCAGGAGGAGAUUUAUCUUCUUUUUUGUAGCCGUUCUUAGUUGGCAAUAGGUUAGUGAUGUGUUGGGCUUUUUAUUUUUUUUUAAACACUGUUUCUGCUUGUUUCCAAGUUUUCUCUUCAUAAAUAAUUUGCAUUUUUAAUAUUAUUGUUUGUUUGGGGGAAAAUUAUCACCCUAGCUUUUCUAGAUAUCAGCAUGUAAGUUCAGCAGCUGUGUCAAGUCUGUAAGUUUAUGUUGGCAUCCAUUCAGGACUACCAUUGAGUUGAUCUGUAACACUAUUGAGCUCUUUGUUAUUAUUUACAGAUUAUUUUUCAGAUUAUUUUUUUGAAAUCACGCAUUUAGCAUUCUACCAGAGCUAAUAGAUACAGUAGAGAAAUUAAUUGUUCACAAUGUGCCCUCUCUGUGAUCAUAUCUAAGACCUGAUACUGAAAUAUUUAAAGCUGACAAUGCCAUAAACUCGGUUAGAAAGUUGAUUUUAUUUUCCAGUGACUUUUACGUGAUGUGCACCAUGACUUAAUUACUUCAGUGUGUAAAAGCAAGUAGUUAAACCAUUAAUUGACGUACUAAAUUAACAGCUCCACUUAAACAGCAUGAAGCUUCCAAGAAUUCCUAUAGUCAGUUCAAGAUUUAAAGAAAAACACAAGCCCAACUUACAAAUUACCAUUCCUGUAACCAAAUACUUUAUUUUCUGAAUGUCUAGCCUUGUUCACGUGAAGCGUGCUCACGUACAGCUUCUGUGUGUCAUGUUUUUGACAAAUGUUACAUUUUCUGGAGUUGAAAUGCCUCAUUUUUGAGCAUUUACAUUUGUAUUUCGUAUCUGUUAACGCUCUGUUUGCGGGGAGGUUUAAGGUGCUAGCUUUGCAGAUUUGAUUAAAAGCCCAGCAGCAUGGGAAGGUGAUUAAGAGUUGCAUUCCUAAUAGUUUCUGUUCAGCCCAGCUCCAGCAUCAGAGCUGAAAUGUGGUUUUGGUAUUACGGUAUGCUUGACUGUCAACACCUGCACUACUACACGUUUUAUUUAGAACACGCUGCCUGCAAGACUCAAAUCUGUUGCUACAUGUACCUGCGUAAGAUAUGCUUUUACCUUGGAACUGGAACUACUUUAUGCCAACACAAUAUGCCAGUUAUUACCUUCUAAUACAGACUAAUUAGGUAAUGUCUAGUAAAACUUGGAAACAGAUCAGUCUGUUACUCGUAGCCUAUCUGAAGCUGAAGGAUGCUACAUAAGUGUGCCUUUAUGAAACAGAAUUAACGUGGGGUGCUGUGCUGAGUAUGUUUUAAACAGUUGAAUGAAAUUGCACAUUGUUUUUGCAGCCACAUAACUUUACCAUUCGGGGGUGAGGUGUGGCACACAGUUUAUUUGCUCAGCAUUUAUAUAGAAAAUAAAACUGCUCGAAACCUGAAGCUAUCUGUGAUGAUGAAAAAUUCGGUAAUUGCGUAAGCGUAUUCUGUGUGUAUUUAUGUCCUCUCAUGUAUGCCUUUAUUGGCCAAAGGAUCUGUGUGCUGUGAUUUUUAAUAAAAGACUUUUGCUGUA